AUGAAAUCAAAUGGACACAUGAAGGGUGCAGGAACGCUAAUGGGUGAAAUGAAUGGGAAAUACUACCGUUCAUAUGCUACAUAUCUCGUGAAGUUCUUUGAGGAAUAUGCUAAACAUAAUAUAUCGUUCUGGGGAAUGACAUUACAAAACGAGCCGACUUCUGGAGCUCUGCCUUUUUACAGAUGGCAAACAAUGUUUUUCACAGCUCAAAUGCAGCGGUAA